AUGAAUUACAUCAGCAGCUUCGAUCGGCACGUAACAGAAAAACACGAGCCGGCCGUUCUUAUUGUCAAUUGUCUUUUAGUUAUUGUGAUUUGGAAUCAUGUCAUUGUCAAGCACAUCCAUCCACAAGCAGUUGCAGCAGCCGCUGCCAUUCCGGCAGUAGGCCCUGGCCAGCACAUCCAUCCACAAGCAGUUGCAGCAGCCACUGCUAUUCCGGCAGUAGGCCCUGGCCAGCACAUCCAUCCACAAGCAGCUGCAGCAGCCGCCGUCAUUCCGGCAGUAGGUCCUGGCAAGCACAUCCAUCCACAAGCAGCUGCAGCAGCCGCCGCCAUUCCGGCAGUAGGCCGUGGCAAGCACAUCCAUCCACAAGCAGUUGCAGCAGCCGCUGCCGUUCCGGCAGUAGGCCGUGGCAAGCACAUCCAUCCACAAGCAGUUGCAGCAGCCGCUGCCAUUCCGGCAGUAGGCCCUGGCCAGCACAUCCAUCCACAAGCAGCUGCAGCAGCCGCCGUCAUUCCGGCAGUAGGUCCUGGCAAGCACAUCCAUCCACAAGCAGCUGCAGCAGCCGCCGCCAUUCCGGCAGUAGGCCCUGGCCAGCACAUCCAUCCACAAGCAGCUGCAGCCGCCAUUCCGGCAGUAGGCCGUGGCCAGCAGAAUCAUCCACAAGCAGCUGCAGCCGCCAUUCCGGCAGUAGGCCGUGGCCAGCAGAAUCAUCCACAAGCAGCUGCAGCCGCCAUUCCGGCAGUAGGCCGUGGCCAGCACAUCCAUCCACAAGCAGUUGUAGCCGGGCCGGUGCGCCGGGACCAACAUGUUCAGCCACACAUGUUGGUCCUUCAAAACUUAUUUGAUUUCGAGACUGGUGUCCUAUGGUCGGGGGCGACAAUUCGGACUUUUCAAACGGAAGCGUGUUAUACAACAACUUAUUCCACAAGGUGAUGAAUAUGUGGCACGCUACCACUCCAUUCGUAACUUCGUGGCAGACAACAAGCGCGAGGCCGGUACCAUGUUACUUAAUCAUUUGAUUGAUGUUGGAGCGGUGGUAAUGAAUGGCCCCAUUAUCACCGCAGGCCCAAAUUUCCUACGCUACGUAGAGUAUCUGGAUCUUGGCAGAUUUGGAUACUACAACGUUCACAAUGCACGUUGUGGUGUCGAGCACCAUCUUGGUGAGGGAAAUUUCACAUUCCUACAAACUGGAGGACCGGGACGCUAUAUCUGCUCGCUACAAUUCCCAAUAUAUGGGCCAAAUCUGCUGAUAGAGUUCACCGUCUUGCUGAAACCAGGAAAGAAGCAAGAAAUCUUGCCUUCCUCGCGUUUGCCCAUGAAUUAUUUGCCGCAAGAAUAAUUCUUGAGGCACCCCAAGCCGUGUAUGAACUUCCAGCUGGACUCGAAGCAAUGCCACAGCGCGUGUACGGCGCGUGAAUCCUUCCUGCUCCUGAUGCCGAGGAUAUGUCAACUUCUAAGGGAUUGCUCUCCCCCCCCCCCCGCUCCUCCUCCUCCUCCAUCCACUCUCUUCAUCUAUAGGCAAGGCCACGUGUUUAUAUCGACGUCGGCGAAUAGUCUAGAUCUCGUUCGUCUUCAUCUUAUUGAGUCGCCCAUCAUCAUCAUCGCCCACCCCAUGGUACAUGGCACCCCAUGGCUGACAACAAGCGCGAGGCCGGUACCAUGUUCCUUAAUCAUUUGAUUGAUGUUAGAGCGGUGGUAAUGAAUGGCCCCAUUAUCACCGCAGGCCACAAUUUCCUACGCUACGUAGAGUAUCUGGAUCUUGGCAGAUUUGGAUACUACAACGUUCACAAUGCACGUUGUGGUGUCGAGCACCAUCUUGGUGAGGGAAAUUUCACAUUCCUACAAACUGGAGGACCGGGACGCUAUAUCUGCUCGCUACAAUUCCCAAUAUAUGGGACAA